GCGGCACUUCCUCCUGAAGGUGACUGCGCCGGGCGAGGACGCGGAGGGGCGGGGCCGGGCGAGCCGGGAGCCAGGAUUGGGUGCGGGGCGGGGCGGCGGAGGGAUUGCGGCGGCCGCAGCGGGGAUAACCUUGGGGCUCAGGCGGCCGACUCUGGCACAGCAGCUCCGCGUCGCGAGCGUCGAGACCGUUCUGCGGCGGUAGUGCAGCUCGAGCGGGACCACGCCGGAGGACCUCAGCAGCCAUGUCAAAGCCCCAUAGCGAUGUCGGCACUGCCUUCAUCCAGACCCAGCAGCUGCACGCAGCCAUGGCCGACACGUUCCUGGAACACAUGUGCCGUCUGGACAUCGACUCGCCACCCAUCACGGCCCGGAACACUGGUAUCAUCUGUACCAUCGGCCCAGCUUCCCGAUCGGUGGAGAUGCUGAAGGAGAUGAUUAAGUCUGGAAUGAAUGUGGCUCGUAUGAACUUCUCUCAUGGAACCCACGAGUACCAUGCAGAGACCAUCAAGAACGUGCGCACAGCCACGGAGAGCUUUGCUUCCGACCCCAUUCUCUACCGGCCGGUUGCUGUGGCCCUGGACACCAAAGGACCCGAGAUCCGAACCGGGCUCAUCAAGGGCAGCGGCACUGCGGAGGUAGAGCUGAAGAAAGGGGCCACGCUCAAGAUCACUCUGGACAAUGCCUACAUGGACAAAUGUGAUGAGAAUAUCCUGUGGCUGGACUACAAGAACAUCUGCAAGGUGGUGGAAGUGGGCAGCAAGAUCUACGUGGAUGAUGGGCUUAUUUCUCUGCAGGUGAAGCAGAAAGGUGCUGACUUCCUGGUGACGGAGGUGGAGAACGGUGGCUCCUUGGGGAGCAAGAAGGGUGUGAACCUCCCCGGGGCUGCUGUGGACUUGCCUGCUGUGUCGGAAAAGGACAUCCAGGAUCUGAAAUUUGGGGUAGAACAGGAUGUAGAUAUGGUGUUUGCAUCUUUCAUCCGCAAGGCCUCAGAUGUCCAUGAAGUCAGGAAGGUCCUGGGAGAGAAAGGGAAGAACAUCAAGAUAAUCAGCAAAAUUGAGAAUCAUGAGGGAGUUCGGAGGUUUGAUGAGAUCCUGGAAGCCAGUGAUGGCAUCAUGGUGGCUCGUGGUGAUCUAGGCAUUGAGAUUCCCGCAGAGAAAGUCUUCCUUGCUCAGAAGAUGAUGAUUGGGCGGUGCAACCGAGCCGGGAAGCCUGUCAUCUGUGCGACGCAGAUGCUGGAGAGCAUGAUCAAGAAGCCCCGUCCCACCCGGGCUGAGGGCAGCGAUGUGGCCAAUGCAGUCUUGGAUGGAGCCGACUGCAUCAUGCUGUCUGGAGAGACAGCCAAAGGGGACUACCCGCUCGAGGCGGUUCGUAUGCAGCACCUGAUUGCCCGUGAGGCAGAGGCCGCCAUCUACCACUUGCAAUUAUUUGAGGAACUCCGCCGCCUGGCGCCCAUUACCAACGACCCCACAGAAGCCGCCGCCGUGGGCGCCGUGGAGGCCUCCUUCAAGUGCUGCAGUGGGGCCAUAAUCGUCCUCACCAAGUCUGGCAGGUCUGCUCACCAGGUGUCUAGAUACCGCCCCCGCGCCCCCAUCAUUGCUGUGACCCGGAAUCACCAGACUGCUCGCCAGGCCCACCUGACUGCAGUUGUAGUGGCCCGCGGCGGCCCAGGAGGCAGCGUGGAGCUGUCCCGGCACAACCCAGCCGCGCCCGUGCGCCAGGCCCGUCCCGAUCCGGCGCGCUGGGGCCGGUCUCUCAGCCGGGAGACCUGA